AGUCGACGAAGCGAAGAAGCUGUUGUUCUUCUCUGGAUACACGCCCCGCGAAAACACGAGCCAAGAUGAGGUUCGCCCUAGUCAUCGUACUGGCUCUCGCCGCCAUUGCCUGUGCCGAAAAUAGGCAAAAGCGGCAAGCACAACAGCAGUAUUACCCCGCGCAGGCUCCACAGGCUGCUCAGACACAGUCAUCGCGAUUCGGUCAGGCUCAAGGACAAACUCAAUACCAGCAACAGCUUAGCUCGCAGUACCAGCAGGGUCAACAGUUCUCUCAGUUUGACUACCAGCAGCAGGCUCAGGCACAGCCUGCUCGUCGGCCUGCUAGCCGACCGGCUGCCCCUGCUCGCAAAAUCACCUCGCAAACGUCUCAAGAAGAGGAAGAGGAAGAAGAAGCAAAGCCCUCCCCGCUUGAGCUGCUGCUCGAACGUUCGAACUUCAAAUGCGACGGAAAGAAGGACGGCUACUACGCUGAUACGUCCGUAGAGUGCAAGGCCUUCCAUUACUGCAUUGGAGGAGCAAAGAACUCGUUCAUGUGUGCUGAAGGUACAGUGUUCCACCAAGUCCAUCUGAACUGUGUACCUGCCGAUCAGGACAUUUGUGGCUCCUCGGAAAAGUACUACUUUGUCAACGACUACCUUAACAAGGAGCUCGAACAACGUGGACCUAACAACACCAUCCUCUACGCUGAUCGUUACUAUCCUGAGGGUUUCGUCGUGGGUGACCCUAUUCCUCCCGCACCUCAAUCAGCCCCUGCUCCCAGAAGUCCCGCUUUUGCUCAGCAGUACGAGGAUGAACCUGUGUCCCGACAGAGGUCUGCGGCGCGCCCCAUUCCGCGUCAAGCCACCCCCGCCGGAGUUACCUACCGCCAAACGGCUGCACAACCCGCUGGUCAAGCAGCUUACCGACAGACUCAGCCGGUGACCCAGGCUGCGCCUGCUUACCGACAGACCCAACCCGCUGGUGUGACAUAUCGCCAGGCCCAGCCUGCUGCACAGCCGCAGCCUGCUCAGGCCUUCGAUCCGUAUGCCCAGUACCGUGGUGGUCAGCAAGCUGCCAACGGACAAAACCCCUACUAUCGAUCUGCAGCCGCCUCGAAUCCUCAGGCUCAAUACCAAUACGAGGAUCAGAGCUCAGAGGAGCGCGGUGUGAAGUACGACGAUGAAUAGAAGUUUUACCCCAGAAAGCUUUGUCAGAUAAGAUAGUUAAAGUAUCAUAGAUACCUAGAAAUCUCCUAUCGAAUCCAGCAAAGCAAUCCAAAUCUCAUAAUGGUUGUAACUUGCAAAAAAUCAUUUUCACCACCAUUGCAACGUGACGAUAACAAAAAAAAACACACACACACACGGAGAGAUUAUUUAGAAGACAAGGCCAGCAAAAGCGAUAGGGUUCAAAAAUGAAUUACUGAAAAAGCAAGUUUAAUUCGUUCGGCUCCCCGAGAUCCCACAGUAUGUGCGCCUAAACUCUGUACACGGCCCGACAUGCGAUCGUUAACCAAUAGAGAUAAAUAUUCGACACAUCGUUAUGACAAGAGACUGUUCCUCUCGAAAAGCCCUCAGAGGGCUUGAAGGGCUAGAGAGACAAAGAAAGCGGGAACGGAAAAGAGCAACAAGCUUGUUUCAGAAGAGAACAGGUUCCGGAAAUGGAACUAUACCGCUGUUUCUAACUUCGCUUAUAUACAAAUGAUCGAAUACGGUCUCAGAGUUAUGGCGAAAUAAGGAAUCAAGUCAUGACAAUUAUUUCAUCAGAUUUUUCCGCCUCGCAGAAAAUAACUAAGAAGCACGAGUUUUACGAAAUAACGGCAGAAACAGCGAACAGCUGUAAUAAAGAUGAUACCAGGUAAAAUCGGAGACCAAAAUACAUACGAACGGAUGCUGCCUGCUGAAACAAUUUGCACGAAGCAGCGUUGAUAGUAUCGGCAUCGGCAUAUGCGUCAUUUUUAAUUGCGACUUUUUUUUUGCUACUUCAUGUUAUAUUGUGUCAAUACCGAAAGGUUGAAGAGGUGAUAGCGGAAAACAACGAAAUACGAGGAUACGACAGGACGAACCGACCCCGUGAAGGUGAUAUGAGGUCGUCGACGAUUCGAAAAAGAGUAUAUAUGUUAAUUAAUAAUAUUACACACGGGCACGAUCGUAAUGGCAUAGGCGAGGCGAAAGAGUUACGAAAAGACUGUCGAUAUUUUACUAAAAGAAUAGGCGAGUGUGCCAAAAAUGGUCUUCUUCCGCUGCAGUAAUGCCGGUGAUACUACAUGAGAAAGGCUAUCGCGACGUAACACCCGCUUGCUAUAAGUGUCUAUGAGAGCUGGAAAACUCUAUGGAAAUAUUACCGAUUGAGCUAUUGCAAGAUAGUUGAACUAGCUCAGACUAGAAGUUGGUAUUAAGUAGGAUGUACGAUGUGGAUUCGAAGUUGGAUGAAGGAAAAUAAACUAAAAUAGACUGAGGUUGGACACCACAUAAUAGUUAAAUCUAUUAUUAGAGGAACAAAAAAAAAAAAAAAA